CUCUGUUCCGCCAAAGUCUUCUCGUUCAUUCCUAUUGCUCGCUGCCAUCCGCUGCUCUCACUGCUCCACCUGCCCCGUGGCUCACCUAAGCGGCCCUCCCCCCCCUAGGUGUCUUUCAGACUUGAGGUACCAGGUACCAGGUAUCCCACCCUCUCAGGUAAAAUUUCAGCCCGUGGUUCAGCCAUGGUGGGUAAGCUCCGCCCGUGGUUCAGGCUUGGUGGGUAAGCAGUGAGACUAAGGUAUGGUCGCUUUGAUGAGCCACAGCAGCCGCUUCCCCCUCCCUGCAUGCUCGCACUCCUCGUUGCUUGCACUGUUGCACAUCACCCCCUUGCUCAACUGCCUUGCCCCAACCCUGUCGAAAGAUAAGUACCCUGCCAAUCUGCUCCUCUUGUUGUUUUGCUCGCCUGGUUGCCUUGUCUCCAUCACUGCCCCCCCCCAUGCAUCCACUCCCCCCCCAUGCAUGCACUCCGCUUUCCGCCUCAUGCUGCUUCCACCCAAUCAGCCUGCUGCACUGAGGCUCACACAAGAGGCUUCCCCAGGUGCGAGGUUCAGGUCCCCUGGUAGCAGGUAUUCCCAGCCUCCCAGGUGCACUACUUGGUACGAUUGCAGCCCUUGUUCUGCCUUUGGUAGGUGAAGGUUCAGACUAAGGUAUGGCCUCUUGGGUGAGCCGCAGCAGCCUGCUUCCCCUCAUCCCUGCAUCUCCUGUUUGAUGGUCUCUCUUCUGCUCACUCACUUUGCUUUGCCCGCCCCUCCAGCAGAGGGAGGAGGGGCAGAGGGGGGUCUGCAGGGAGGCACAGGGGGAGGGAGGCGAAGCAGCUGCUGCUGCUGUCUGCUCUGCCUGCCCGCUCCUCCAAGCAGCAGCGCCAAGGUCACUUGGCUGAUUGUGGGGACUGAAGCAGCAGAUGGGCCACAGCAGCAGCAGCAGCAGCAGCAGCAGCAGCAGCAGCAGCAGCAGCAGCGUAGCAGUGGGAGCAGACAGGGGGGCAGCACGGGCUAGGUACUUAGAGGGCAGGACAGUCAGGGACAGUGAGAGUGAGGUCUGGUUUGAGGUAUGGUAAGGUAUGGUACGGUAAGCUAUGGUAUAGUAUGGUAUGCUCCUUGUUGUCUCAUCCCCCCCUCCCCUCCCCCCUCCUCUCCCCCUUCCCAAGCAGCGUGAGGUUCUUGGCUGGAUGGUGAGUUGCACCUCAAAAUCGCCCCCCCCCUUCCCCCCCUGCAGCAGCACCAUGUCCUUAGCUGAGUGAAUCGGUUCCA